CCUUUUUUUAAUGGAAAAAAUUGUUUUGGUGGCAAUUUAGGAGCUUGAAACAAAAACCGUUAAGGCUAAUUAGACAAUGAAAUCUAACUUAGAUAUCACUCCAAAGUUCUGCCUCACCAGCUGCUAGUCCGACCAAAAUUGCAAUUUGUUCUUGCAAGUCAUAGUAUAGGAUCUACUCAACAAAAAUCUUAGUCUAAUCAAUCACCUACUUGACAAAUCUCACUGUUUGUUAACUCACUAUAUAAAAGCUUCAUCUUUUUCAUCUUUCUUCAUCCAAUUAGCUUUCAUCUCGUACCAUAUAUUAUUUGUCGUCUUCUUAAAAAAAGAAAAAGCUGAAAUGGGUUUUACCAGUUUUCCUGCCAUGGAUGUUUUAAGAACUGCGGUGCUUGUAUUAUGUUUUUUCCCUCAGCUGAUAGCUGCAAAGCAUGCAGGCAUUACUAGGCACUACAAGUUCAAUAUUGUGAUGCAAAAUGUGACAAGAUUGUGUCAAACGAAGAGUAUUGUGACAGUGAAUGGUAAGUUCCCAGGCCCUCGGAUCAUAGCAAGGGAAGGUGAUAGGCUUUUAAUUAAGGUGGUUAACCAUGUCCAGUAUAAUGUCACUUUGCAUUGGCAUGGAGUUAGGCAACUGAGGAGUGGGUGGGCAGAUGGACCUGCCUACAUCACACAAUGUCCGAUUCAGACAGGGCAGAGCUAUGUGUACAAUUUCACAGUCACAGGCCAAAGGGGAACAUUGUUUUGGCAUGCUCAUAUCUCAUGGCUAAGAGCCACUAUUUAUGGUCCUCUUGUCAUCCUCCCUAGAAAACAUUCUUCUUACCCUUUCCAACAGCCUCACAAGGAAGUUCCCAUCAUUUUUGGAGAGUGGUGGAAAGCGGACACAGAAACAAUAAUCAAUCAAGCAAUGCAAACUGGAGGAGCACCAAACAUUUCUGAUGCAUUUACCAUAAAUGGUCUUCCAGGACCUUUAUAUAACUGUUCUGCUAAAGAUACAUUUAAGUUGAAGGUGAAGCCUGGAAAAACAUAUCUUCUUCGCCUCAUCAACGCAGCACUCAACGAUGAGAUUUUCUUUAGCAUCGCAAAUCAUACUCUUACUGUUGUUGAAACUGAUGCAGUUUAUGUCAAACCCUUUAAUACUCCUGUUCUACUCAUCACUCCAGGACAAACCUCAAAUGUCCUCCUCAAGGCUAAACCCAAGGCACCUAAUGCCACCUUUUUAAUGGCAGCUAGGCCUUAUUCUACUGGUCCAGCUGCUUUUGAUAACACAACUACUGCAGGAAUACUGGAAUAUGAGAAUCCUUCUGUCUCAAACUCCAAGAACAAGAACAAGAAACUUCUCCUUCUUAAACCAUCACUCCCAGUCUUUAAUGAUACUACAUUUUCCAUGAAAUUCUCUAAGAAAAUUCGUAGCUUGGCAACAACAAAAUUCCCAGCCAAAGUCCCACAAAAGGUCGACAAGCGUUUCUUUUUUACAGUUGGGUUAGGGAUGCUCCCUUGCUCUCAAAACCAAAAUUGUCAGAACAAUACUAGAGUAGCAGCUUCAAUAAAUAAUGUUUCUUUUGUGCAACCAAAUAUAGCACUUCUUCAAGCUCAUUUCUUUAACAAAUCAAAGGGUGUGUAUACAACUGAUUUUCCAGCAAACCCACCUUUUAAAUUUAACUAUACAGGGACGCCUCCCACCAACAUUAUGGCAACCGCCGGUACUAAAGUGGUGGUUUUGCCUUUUACUACUAGCGUUGAGCUGGUGUUGCAAGAUACUAGCAUUAUUAGUGCAGAGAGCCAUCCUCUUCAUCUCCAUGGCUUUAACUUUUUUGUUGUUGGACAAGGUUUUGGCAAUUUCGACCCCAGUAAGGACCCUGCCAAGUUCAACCUUGUCGACCCUGCUGAGAGAAAUACUAUAGGUGUGCCUGCUGGCGGUUGGGUGGCCAUACGGUUCCUUGCAGACAAUCCAGGAGUUUGGUUCAUGCAUUGUCAUCUAGAGGUACAUACGAGCUGGGGAUUGAAGAUGGCUUGGGUUGUCACAGACGGGAAACGGCUUAACCAGAAGUUGCCUCCUCCACCCUCUGAUCUGCCCAAAUGCUAAAUUUUGCUUUCCUUCCUUUUUUUUUUUUUUUGGUUAGAUACAAUAUUCUUGUUCUUCAAUUCUUUGUUCUCUUUCUCAUUUACGUUCCUUUUGAAGUUCAGAACAUAAAAAAGAACCUCAAGCUCCUAGUUUUUGAUAAUUAGUUUUAUGAAUUGAGAGAAUGUACCAAAAAUAUCAUACAAUAUACAUAAUGAAUGCACAAAAAUAUCAUUUGAAGUCAA